AUGGAUGGAGACGAAGAGACAAUCAACAUACAGAUCUUCGUGCCGGAACUUCAAGUUCGGAAGUGCCUCAAUGUCUCGCUCGACGACUUCGUUUGGGAUGUAAAGCGUAAAUUACUUGCCACCUUGCCUCAGGCACUGCCUCAGGCGUUCAACUAUGGCCUAUUCUUACCGCCAUGCGAUGGUCGUGCCGGAAAAUUCCUUCUUGAAGAUCGAACAGUCCGCGACUACCCAUUCCAUGACUGUGUUCCUUACUUAGAGCUCAAGUACAAAAAACGGGUCUACAAAAUGCUGAACCUCGACGAGAAGCAUUUGAAGAGUUUGCACAGUAAGGGAACGUUGAAAAAAUUUAUGGAUCAUGUGCAGUCGAAGAAUGCGGAAAAAGUGGAAAAACUCUGUGCUCAGGGAUUGGAUGCGAAUUUUCAUGAUGCUCAAGGAGAAACACCGUUGACGCUGGCGGCGGGAAUCCCCUCGAAUCGCGCCGUACUCGUCGCACUUGUUGGAGGUGGUGCGCAUAUCGAUUUCCGAAACUCCGAGGGUCAAACAGCAAUGCACAAGGCUGCAUUUUUAUCCUCGUACGAGAACGUGAAGGCGCUGCUUGAGCUUGGGGCCUCGCCAAACUAUCGCGAUCCGAUUGGUCUGACACCGCUCUACUACAACAUGCUGACGACGGACUCGAACGAUCAGGUGGCGGAAAUGUUACUCAGGGAAGCUGCGGAUAUUGGUGUGACAGAUAUGCACGGGAACCACGAAAUCCAUCAGGCGUGUAAGAAUGGUCUGAUCAAACAUGUGGAGCAUCUGCUUUUUUAUGGAGCUAUCGUCGAUGCGGAAAACGUAAACGGCAACACACCUCUUCACGUCUGUUCCGUCAACAAUCGGCCGGAGUGCGCUCGUGUGCUUCUCUUCCGAGGUGCGAACCACUUGUCCGUGAACAAGCAGGGUCAGACCGCCCUUCACGUCGCACACAUCGUUGGCACUACUGCCGUAGCCGACAUUAUCGCGUCACAUAACCCUUCCGCGAGCGUUCCGUACCGUGGAACUCCUCAAUACUCAACUCGGCGGCGCAUUUCCUCGUCAUUGUCGAAACGCAGAUCACUCAGCCAGACAUCGCUUUGCAGCCAGGACAUCUACCGUAGUCCACAAUCACAAAUGAGUAAACCGUCUUCGGUUGUUCCGUCUCCAACUCCGUCGAGAGUCAGCCAUAGUACUGUAACACCAUCAGAGUACGGUACUAUGCGUCGAUUUACACCUGGAAUGGCUCCAGGUCACGAAGCGAACAUUCCUCGGAUUUUGGUAAUCCCGAGAGGACCAAAAGGAUUUGGUUUUAUAUUGAGAGGAGCCAAACAUGUAAGCUCUCCUAUCGAUUUCGAACCGACCCCUUUGUCUCCGGCGCUGCAGUUCUUCGAAGGUGUCGAUAUGUCAGGGAUGGCGAUGCGAGCUGGAUUAAGGCCAGGCGACUAUCUUCUCGAAAUAGAUGGUAUUGAUGUGAGAAGUGCAAGUCAUGAGCAAGUGGUGCAUCUUAUCCAGCAAGCUGGACUCACCAUCACCUUGAAGGUGAUUACUGUCGACCCAUCAGUUCCAAUGAACGCUGGGACCUAUCAUGGACGGCAACGACCAGUUGGCAGCACGUUCGUUGGGCCACCGCCGCCUCCGGCAAGACAUCCGUCGACAUCGCUUUCACUUCGUGGAAGUCAAAGCCUAUACGGAUUAACUGGGCAUUACUGGGGAAGGAUGCCUUGGACCAUUUCGCAUAGCAGAUGGAUGCAUGUGGUUAUGCCGUAUAGUAGUUUAUUUGAAGAAGGUGACGGAGAGGAGUAUUACGCACCUGGUCAGUUGCGUUCAGCUUACGGAGAAUCUCGUUGCGCAUCCGUUAAGCAAAGACACGGCGGUGGUAGGAGGAUUUCAGCAGCUGAGCUGGAGAAUCUCAUGAUACGCCAAGGCGAGCGACAAAAUUACCAACCCAUCGCCUAUGAUCAGGAGUCCAUAGGUUCACAGACUCCGAAGAAAUAUAAUUCCGUGUCUGAUAUGAAAAGGAGAAAACAAAGAGUGGCGCCUUCUCCUCAAGGAUUGCAGCGCUCUUACGAAUAUCAGACAAGCCAACCAAUAAAUUCCAUCUACGGUUCCCCGAUGAAGACUUACUCGAGCUCUCCGGAUAUAAUGAACUCAUUCGAUUCGACCGGAGAGGAGUCAGCAUCGACUGCAUCGCCAUCGGAUGACAGAUUAUCGUACGUACAACAUUCGCAGAGUGCAUUCUUCCAACAAGGACCAGAUUACUCUCGACCAUUUCGACCUUCAUUCCGGCCUAAAACGCCACCACCUCCACCUCCUCCUCCGCCCUCACUCCCUCAGUCUUCUACUAGAUUGUCUUUCGACACUCCUCCUACGCAACGGGCAGCUGGAGGAGCUACUACCACGCAUAUAAUUGUACCGUCUCCUCACGAUGACCCUGAUUCUUCAUCUGCACCUCCACCACUUCCCCAGUCUCUUCCCCCAUCAGUCUCGAGUACAAGCCUCGUCGCUCCACCUCCACCGCCGCCUCCUCCACCCAAUUUCCUGAAAUCAUCGCCAUCAUCUACAGUCAGUUCUAUUGGUACGAUGAAGGCUGGUAUCUCUGUGGAGGCGCUGCGAUCUGUAUCCCUUAAGAAACCGGAUCCUGAAGACAAGAAAUUCCAGCAUGCUGGACUGGCACCGAACGGAUCAGCAGAUUUCCACGCUGACCUUAGGAAUGCGCUAGCGAAACGAAGAAGCAAAGUGGCACUUGAUCAGGAAAACGACGAUAAGAGCGACGUCGAAUCACGUUUCGGCGGAUUGUCACUGCGAGAAUCAGUUCGGGAAAAUGUGCAGCCGAAGGAUAACAAGCAGCACUCACCGCCGGGAAUAGCGAACAAGAAGGAUAGCGGGUACACCUCUUCACGAACAUCACUGGAACCUUCCGAAUACGGUGAGGACCGAGCCGAUGGCGCAAACCAGCGCCCUCAUUUCACUGUGAAUGCAACCUCUGCUCCUCGUCACAGUAAUGUCGCUCUGAUCAGCCAAAACAUUGAGGACAACUACAGCACACGCAAGAACAUUGACAACAUGUCUGUGUCCUCUACGCUAAGUACUCUCUCUGGCUGCUCCUCAGAGUCUCGUCCUACGCUGUCGCAGAUGCCGGUCGUGCCACCCGUCGACUACGACGAUCCGGAUUCCGGAACAGGUGGCUCGGAUAGCGAUAUUCAAAAUGCGGAAAGUGGGGCAUUUGAAAGGAAAAUACUACUAAAAUGGACGUGCGCAGAUGCGUUACAGUGGUUGCUUUCGAUAGGUCUCGAAGAGUACUUGGCUGCGUUCCGAGCUCGACACGUGGACGGCAAGGCGCUCUCGAAAUGCGAUCGUACCACUUUCACCCAAUUGGGCGUUACUAGGAUUGCUCAUCGUCAAAAAAUGGAGGCUUCGCUUCGACGGUACAUGGGCAGUGCCUAG